GUAUGGACCUGAUCAAUCCUCACCACUUACCGGACAUUAAUUGUCACAUCUCUUCCAUAAUUACCAGCUACGCAUCCACUAAAAAAAGAAAAUUGAACGCUGCCUUUACUCUUUUGCAUCCAAAGACCAAAGAUGUCCCUAGUUCACGAAAGGCCUUGCCGGCAAUUCACCUUGGAUGAAAUACAGAAAGCCACCGACAACUUCAGUGAGUCUAAAAUCGUUGGAAAAGGAGGUUUCGGAACUGUGUACAAGGGCGCUGUUGGUGAUGGAUCGACGACGACUCUUGUGGCAGUGAAACGAUUGACCCCAGAAUCAAAACAAGGGAUUGGAGAGUUCGAAACGGAGAUCCAGAUGCUUUCCAAGUGCAGGCACUCCAAUCUUGUCAACCUCGUGGGGUAUUGUAACGAGCAUCAAGAGAUGAUCUUGGUGUACGAAUAUAUGUCUCAAGGAAAUCUUGCUGAUCAUCUGUACAUGAAUCGUGGUUCUUCUUUGACGUGGGAGCAACGUGUCAAGAUAUGUAUUGGGGCUGCGCGUGGGCUAGAUUACCUGCACACAGGCACCGGAGUCUCGGAUAGGAUUAUUCAUCUUGAUGUGAAGAGUGCCAACAUUUUGUUGGACGAUAAUUGGGCUGCGAAAAUUGCAGAUUUAGGAUUAUCAAAGGUAGGACCUGCAAACCAACCGCAGUCUGAAGUGAAUACAGCUAAUAUUCGGGGUACGUGGGGAUAUGUAGAUCCUCAAUUCCUUAAGACACACAAAUACUCAAGAAAAGCAGAUGUCUACUCCUUUGGGGUGGUGCUAGUGGAAGUGUUAAGCGGGACAUCUGCCUGGCGUGAUAAGAUCAUCCCCAGUCCUGAGUUGACUGAUCGAGCCGAUUGGAUCCUACAACACAUGAGAAGUCAAACCCUUCAUCAAAUCGUUGAUUCAAGGGUAGUAAGCCAAAUUCAGCCGAAAUGUCUAGAACGUUUUGCCUACACCGCAAGUAAAUCUUUGCAAAAUGAUCCUAAGAAACGACCUUCAAUGUCUGAAGUGGUAGCUCUGCUCGAGUCUGCGUUGGCUUUCCAAACUUCUUCUUCAAUGGUUCAGGGUGAUAUUUUUCAGUUCGAGUCUGAAGAAGAAACCUCUUCCAUAACAGAAUAUCUAGGUAAGGCGCGCAACAUAUUUGGUGAACCAAUCGGGAACAAAACACUGGCGCAAAUGCGCCUUAAUCCAACUCGUGAAAACAAGGCACGGAUAGCUUACAAGAUGAUGAACGAGGGUAACAAAUAUGAUAACGCCCUACGUUUUGUGAAAGACCUCAAGGCACAGUGGGGCAAUGGGAUUACGUGCCUUUGCAUGCUUUACAAUGCAACAGGAGAAACUCUAACAUACGCUGCAAGUCGCAAUUGGUUUGGUGAUAUUGGACCAUCACCAUACCCAACUUUCAUUCUGAAUGGACAAUGGGGUGCGUAUUUGCACACAAAAACCCCAAGAGUGCCUAGCGGAUCUCAGGCUGCUGUAGUGUAUCGUGGCAAAUACUCAGACAAUGCUUCAUGCGACCGAAUGAUUACUUGGUCCAUCCCUUGGCAAAGAUUCACCCAGGACAACGCGGCUUAUUGUGAGAUCAAUGAGGUUGGACACUUUGAUCAUGGUGCUGUUUGGGAUGAGAUUUAUGACAAAUCACCAUCAGCAGGCCGAGAAAGCAGCUAUACAUGGAAUGAUUGCUAUACAAGGGUCACGGUUGAGAGUGACACUUCCCCUAUAUAUAAAGCUAUUCUCACGCGUGUUGAUGCAGUUGCUUCAUCUGCCUAGCUAGAUUCAGUUAGUUUAUAGAUGCAACAAAAUAAUGUGAGGAUCUUUAAUUCGCUUGUACGUGAAUUUUCCUGUGUGUUCCAUUCAUCGAAAAUUGAAUGUGCUACUGAACUUUGGCAUUC